AUGAUGGACCUCCGACUCCGAGCAACUUCCUGGGUCUACCUCCUCCUCUGCUGCCUUGGGACGGUGUAUGCCGACACCUGUUCUGAACUGCGCGACAAUACUGACAUCCAAGUGUCGGGCCCCCUCGAGCUCUCCUACAUUGGCGAGCAAUCCGAGUACUGGUCAGCCUCGUGCAGCGCCCUCAAGCCAUCGUGCAUCAUCUUCCCCAGCACCGCCGCCGAGGUUGCCGCCGUAAUCCGCGUGCUCAACACCAACAAUGAGUCGUUCGCCAUCAAGUCCGGCGGCCACAACCCCAACAACUACUUCUCCAGCGUCAACGGGGGCCCCAUCAUCUCCACCCAGAAGCUGGACCACGCCAUCCUCGACCCGGCCACGGGCAUUGUGGACGUGGGCCCCGGCAACCGGCUCGACAGCAUCGCUGCCAAGCUGCAGGGCACGGGCUGGACCUUCGUUGGCGGGCGCAUCGGCAACACAGGCGUCGGCGGGCUCGUCCUGGGCGGCGGGCUGUCGUACAUGUCGGCCCAAUACGGCUGGUCGGCGUCCUCAGUCCUGUCCUACGAACUCGUGCUCCCCAACGGCACCAUCACCACCGUGACAUCCACCUCCCACGCGGACCUUUUCGUCGCGCUCAAGGGCGGCGGCAACAACUUCGGCAUCGUAACCAACUACCGCCUGCAAGCGCAGCGCCAGGGGCUCGUCUACGGCGGCAACCUGGUCUUCCUGCGCGGCAGCGACACGUCACUCGACGCGAAGCUGCUCUCGGCCGUGCGGGACUUCACACAGCACAACACCGACGACCGCGCCGCCAUCAUCGUCACGGCCGAGCGCACCAAUGCCAACCUCCUCGACAGCUGGAUCCUGUUCCUCUUCUACGACGGACCCGCGUCGGCUGUGCCCCCGGGCACCUUCACCAACUUCACCUCCCUCCCGGGCUUGGUCACCAACACGCUUCGCACGCGCACCUACGCCGACUUGAUGGCCUCGUCGAACUGGGUCGUGCUCAAGGGGUUCCAGGUGCAGAUCGGCACCGAGACCAUCCCGCUCCCUUCGGCGGAGAAGGUAAAUAAGGUGCUGGUCGAGGGGAUCCAUGCGCACUGGCGCAAUGUUAGUGGUACCACACUGGCAGUGCCGGGCAUUGUGGCGUCGAUCGCGUACCAGCCGUUUCCGCGGCGCAUUGCGCAGGCUGCGCGGGAGAGGGGGAGGGAUCUGAUUGAUGCCGAUGCGGGGGCGGAUCGGGUGAUUGUUGAGCUGAACUAUGCGUUCUUGUUGCCCGCGGAUUAUGCAAGGAUGGAGGCGAAGAUGAGGGAGACGUAUGAGGGUGUCAGGGAGAGGGUUGUGCAGUGGCAAGAGGAAGGGACGUUGGAACGCGGUGUGUAUUGUCCGGUGUUUAUGAAUUAUGGGUUUUAUCAGCAGGACUAUUGGGGACGGUUGAGGUCGGAGAGUAGGGAGUUGGCGAGGCGCGUGGCUGAGGAUGUUGAUCCGACUGGGUUGUUUAGGGAGAGGACUGGGGGGUGGAAACCUUGA